AGAGCCGAAGCUGCCAUCUCCUAGUGGAAGACGAAAAGCAUCGAGUAAUUUCAGUGUGGGGAAUGGGGGGAUCAGGCAAGACCACCAUUGCCAAAAAGCUCUACAACGAUAACAACACCAGCUUUGAUCUUUGCGCAUGGGUUUGCAUUAGUCAGCAAUGUCAGAGUUUUCAAUCAGUUUGGAAUGAUGUUCUCAUGCAGCUACAACAUCAAAACACGAAGGAUGGGCCAAAAAUAAGGGAGGAUGUUACAAGUUUGAGCGAGUGGGAGUUGAAGGAGCGACUAUGCAAGAUACAAAGAGAGAAGCGAUGCCUCAUUGUUUUUGACGAUCUUUGGGAAACUUCUCAUUGGGAUGGCUUCAGGCAUCCCUUCCUUGUCCAAGAUUUGCAGAGCAAAAUCUUGAUCACCACGCGCGAACAGGAAGUCGCGGAGAUUGGAUGCCCUGUCAAACUUGGGUUUCUAAAAGAGGAAGAUGCUUUGGAACUACUCAAGAAGAAAGCAUUUCCCCACACCAACAUUCCAGAGUUUGCAUUGGAAGAAAAUGUUGAGAAAAUUGGGAAAGAUGCAGAGUUUGCAUUGGAAGAAAAUGUUGAGAAAAUUGGGAAAGAAAUGGUGAAGAAAUGUGGGUAUUUGCCGUUGGCAAUUUGUUUACUCGGUGGGGUCUUGAGAAAGACAAAUUCGAUGAUGGAGUGGAAGUUAGUCAAAGAAUUCAUUAAUAGAGAUGGAAAGGAGAUUGAUGGAGUGCUAAAUUUAAGCUAUGAAAGUCUACCCUAUUAUUUGAAGUCAUGCUUUCUCUAUAUGGGUAUAUUUCAAGAGGAUGAAGAUAUAUAUGCUGACGAUCUAUAUAUGAUGUGGAUAGCACAAGGCAUGAUUUCUAUUGGAGACAAGGACAAAACUUUGAUUGAAAUUGCAGAGCUCUACUUGGGUGAGUUGGCCUCCAGGUCCAUCGUCCAAGUCAAAAUUCUCGAUGGUGUCACACCUGGAAGAAGAUAUUCGAGCUGCAAACUUCAUGAUGUAGUAAGAGAACUAUGUUUGAAAUUGGGGAGAAGUGAGGAUUAUGGUGUGCAGAGUUUGGAGUAUCAAAGUGGGAAAGCUUCCUCGCAUAGGAAAAUACGGCAUUUGGCUAUACAUUUCAGGAAAGAAGUUCAAGUGGAACCUGACAAGCUUACAGUCACUUGGGGAAAAGAUAGUAGCGAACAUUUAAGGUCUCUUCAAAUGUUCAAUCACAUAGGUUCGGGUGUUAUUUUUGAGUUUCCCCCGCAAGGUAUCGUUGAUUUUCAUAAAUUCAAAUUGCCGAGAGAUCUAGUUAUGGUGGGAUUCAAAUUUGAAGGAAGAAAGCUAUCGAAAGGAAUCGCUAGUCUUGUUCACCUUAGACGUUUGUAUUUAAAAAGAUGUGAUUUUGAUAAGCUACCAUCGUCCAUAAGGAAUUUGGUAUACAUGGAUACCCAGAAGUAAAGGCGCCAAAAUAGAAGGCCAAAACCUGUGGAUAUUUAACCCAACCAAGUGGCUCAAGAACUCGACCAGCAUCAGGAGCAAACUGUUGAAUCCUGCAUUUCUCAGCUCUCAAGUCGACGUUGGGCAGCGCCUUCCUCCACUCGCCCGUCUCUGCCUUCAUCACCCAA